CCCCAAUUCGUCCUUUUCUCCAGGAACAAAUUGGAGGAAAGCGACUCCUCGUGCCGCAUUCUUACGACCACACAGUCGCCUCGUCUUGAGAGACCCCGCGCGUUGCCAAAAUGAUCCCGAUGGCGUUGGUGAGUAAGACUGGGCAUGGGUAUCAAGAAGCCCAGCAGCCCCACCCAACUCCUCCACCAUACGGCGACUCGCCGCAAGCCGCCUACCCCUCUCAGCAGCCCACUCAGCCGUACGCACAGACGCCCCUGCCGCAGCCCAUCAUCCAGUACGGCAACCAGCCCGUGCAGCAGCCCACAUAUCAACCAUACGCCCCACAGCCACAGCCAGUGUACCAGGGGGGCUACCAGGGUGGUGGUGGUUACGACAGUCAGCCAGCCGUCAUGUACGGGACGGCGGCGCACCCUGGGAGUGCGCAUCACAAGCCUGAGGCGGGUCUGAGUCAUUAUCAGGGAGGCAGCGGUAUCCAGCAGAUGUAUAUGGGAGGGGAGAUGCCGGUGGGACACUGAGACAGCAUGUGGCUGUGUGACCGAGCAGAGACGGACUUGUGUGUCUGUGUCUGUAUGUGUGUGUGCGUGUGUGUGUGUGUUGUGUGGCUGUCAGAUUGAGAUCCGCCAUGCGUUCAUCCGGAAGGUCUACGCCAUCCUCAGCUUCCAGCUGCUGGUCAGCAGGGCAAGAAGGACACACAGGCAGACAGAGAGGCACAUGGCUGUUUCGCUCCUGCCGGAUGUGCAGUUGACAUUUGCCAUUGCGGCGUUGUUCUUCAUUGAGGGGUCGAAGCAGUGGCUGCUGAAAAACCCCUGGCUGUUCAUUCUCGCCCUCAUACUCAUGUUUGCCAGCCUCAUCAGUACGGAAGGACACACAUGAGGGAGACGCGCAGCUCAGCACAUUGAGCAUCGCUUGUGUGUCUGUGUGUGUGUGCAGCUUUGUCAUGCUGUGAGGGCCCCGCCAGGACGUACCCCACCAAUUAUCUGCUGCUCUUCCUGUUUACGGGAUGUGAAGGCCUCUUCAUCGGGGUGAGACAAACAGACAGAGACACGGAGGCCGACCAACAGCCAUCUACUCUCACACACACGGUGUUGUGUGUGCCGCAGGUGACGACGAUGCAGUAUGACAUCCCGGCCAUCGCUAUCGCCGUCGCCUCCACCGGAGCAGUCUUCUGCGCGUGCACCGUGUUCGCCAUCCAGACCAAAAUCGACUUCACAGGUGGGGUUAGACAAGGAGACACAGAGACACAGAGAUACAGAGAGACGCAGGAGGGUUCGUGUGUGCUGUGUGCUGUGUGCUGUGUGCUGUGUGUGGUGCAGGGAAGGGCGGUUACCUGUUUGUGGGUCUGAUAGUGCUGUUCAUCUUCAGCUUCAUCAUCCCCUUCUUCCCGAAUGUGCAACUGGCACAGAAGAUUUACGCCGGCCUGGGCACACUGCUCUUCUCGAUGUACCUCGUCUACGACACACAGGUGCGGCCUGCACACACACACACACACACAGAGAGAGAGAGAGAGAGUGCAUCUUGUGCACAUGUGGGUGCGUGUGGUUCAGCUGAUUGUUGGCGGGAAGCACAGGAGGCACCAGUUCUCAAUUGACGACUACGUCUUCGCCAGGUCAGUCAGUUGUCGGAUGGCUGCGGGUGUGUGCGUGUGUGUAAUGUCUCGGUGUCUGUCUGUCUGCCAGCCUGAUGCUCUACAUCGACAUCAUCCAAAUCUUCAUCUUCCUUCUCUCACUCAUCGGCAGCAGGACAGACUGACACACACUCACGAUCACAGACCACACACCAGGCUGCAGGCGUGGAGCGUGGGAGAGAGGGGCUAACCGAGGACUUUUUCAAUCUGCCUGGACAGCGCGUGCGUGUUAUGUCUUUUUCGUCUGCAUCUCCUGUGGCUGCGUGUCAGUGGUGUGUGAGAGACUACUUGCCAUGUGUACAUGUCGAUUGAUCAUCUGUCGGUCCGUCGGCGCAGAGAUACAGCCGUCCACAUAUCGGUCUGGUCUUUCCUGCCUCCUCUCUCUCUCUGUCUGACCAUUCUGCAGUAGUCAGCCAAAUCGCAGGCAGAGCAAUCAAGCAACCAUGAACGACCCAAUGAACGGUGUAAGCCGGACACAGACAGUCAG